AGUGUUUCCCAGGAACAAUAAAUCAGUUCUGCGGGACUUUUGCCCUGCUUGAUGGCGUGAGGGCAAAUCGGCAGCCCGGCCAGCAUAUGGCUGUGAUCGGCAUGUCGUCGGUGCAGGGCGUUGCGAGGGCUGUCGGCGGCUGGAGAGCCCACAUGCUCCUCAGCGAGUCGGAUGGGGACGCGUCCCCCGAAGCCCCGGACCGCUUCAAAAAGCUCCGCUCCGGCUCAUCCCUGAACUCGCUGCGGAUGUCCCUGCGGAAACGCCUGCCCCUGAAGCCGGUGCGAUCAAACACGGAUGAGAAGCGCAGCUGGGAGCCGGCGCAGGACAGCCGAAAGCCGAGCGCCGUCCGCCUGCUCACACGCAGCGCCUGUAACUCCUUCGGAAGCGUCUGCCAGAAGCUUCAGAAGAAACGGGUGGGGCGCAGGGAGCGUCUGGUGGUGACACCCAGUAAGUCUCCCAGCGGCCUUCGGAACGGCUCUGUCGUGGGCCCCCCAACUGUGACCCCAAAACGGGUCACCCAGCGCACCCCUAAAUCAGCCACCAAGAAGGUGCCCCGACUCAUCCGCACCGUGGGCCAGCAGGAUGGGGGCUCGAUGUUCUCCAGGAGACAGCUAGUGAGGGUGGUGGCUCGGAGCAGCCCGUACGCUUCUCUUGAGGCCCAAAACCACAGGAGACGCUUCGAGCAGGAUAUGGACUCUCUGUCGAGUGACCUCAGAAACCUUGACGGACUCUCUCCAGCCUUUGACCGGACAGAUGAAGAGGACGGAGCCAUCGGCCUGAGAGGCUUCCGUUAAGACUGGCGGACUGGGGCGACCGCCUGCAGUGGGCUUCAGCUGCCCUGGAGACCUGAGAAGAGUGAGAGUGUGUCCCGUAAGCCGCACCAAACACACCCCAAGUAGGCAUGGGAGGGACACACUCAGAUGUCUGAUUUUUGGGUGCUUGUUCACUGUCUGUACUACAACAUACAUUAGGAAAUAUAAAUGCUGUGAUGAUUAAAAAUGACUAAGCUGGGCGGUAUGUUCAGUUGAGUUAUGUACAGGUGAAAACAGCAUAUCUGUGACUAUUAUUUAUAGUAUUCAUUAUUUACAGUAAUUCUGUGAAGAAAACGUACACCUCUGUGUUACUGGUGGGUGUUUUGCUUUAAGACUGUGUUCCUGGUGCCAGACUCCAGGUGUAAGAUAAAUAUGAUUUGACUUUUUUUUUUCUUUCUCUGCCAUCCUCUCAAAAUGCCUUUUGGGAAGAACCUGACAAGAAAACUAAUGAAAAUGUAUUUGCUACCAUUUAUCAUGCUAGACGGUCAGCUUAGACUUAGGGAUGUAAAGGUUGCCUCUGUAAUGUCUCAUUUUGGAUGUAAAACAUGUGCCUUGUUACGUGACCUGAACCUCUGUCAGCAGAAGUAUACCUUUACAUAGAUUUUUACAUUUUGUGUUUGAAAAAACAAAGCUUCAAUAUGUGACUUGUGUUUGUUUUACAAGCAGGAAAAUUGGGUUUAAUUAAAAAUCUCAUAGAGAACCUACUUCACCCAUUUUCAGCAAUACUUUAGAAACAAUUUCUGACUGGUUACUUGUAUCACACAGUUCUGUUGACCUGAUUGUGCACUAUACUGGAAUAUUAAAUCCUUAUGAAUUUUCAUAAAA